UUUUUUUUUUUUUUGAACAGUGCCGGCACAAUUAGCCUGCCCAUGCACCAGAGGGUAGCUGCCCCCUUUGUUUUACCCCGAGAUGCCAUCUAAAGGAUUACUUUGCUGAGCCUUCACGGACAGCAGUAGGAAUCAGAUGAAUUGUGGGACCUCUUAUGCCGAUCCAAUUCUAUUUCUGUUUUCCUGGCAAUGUUGCUGCGGACGCCUGGAGGGUACAGGCAUGGCUACUUAACAUGGUGGGAAAGGACAUAAUGGCUCCAACCUGCGGCCAAGACAGGCUCGUAUCGUUCCAAUUAACCGCCUAUUGGUCGUUAACAUGACCACCAAGCAAUUUUCUGUGUCCAGGGAUGGAAGAAUGUGUAGGAACAAACAUACCU